AUGGAUGCCACCGCGACAGCGGUACUUUCCGCUUUUUCUGUGGUGCUCGGUCAACAAGAAGGCGAUCGCCGGUUAGCCGAACAGAAUCUGACUGCUCUAGAAGUGCUUGAAACUUAUCCAGUCAUCUUGGCCAAUAUGAUUGCUGAUGAACAAGUCGCUGUUGCCAUGAGACAAUUGGCCGGUGUCACUCUGAAGCGAUAUGUACUCUCGCAUUGGAGUCGAAGUGACUCUUCGAAUUUCGCUCCUCCGGAGACCACAGAGGAAGUAAGUUGA